AUGAACUUCUACACCCUUGAAUUUGAAGAUUAAGUAUUUGAGGGUAUUUAAUAUUCCAAUAAUUAGAUUUAAGAGAGGAAGAGUAGAUAUAAGUUAAUGAAGAGCAAAUAUAUGAUUAUUAUUAAAAUUCUUACUUCGAAUUAGAUUAGAAUUAAACAUUUCUUGGAUAUUUACAAGAGGAACCAAUAUUAAUCUUUGAUUGCAUAGAAGAAGUGCCAAAAAAUAAACCAAAUUCAAUAGUGAAAAAAUCAAAAAAAAUAAAAAAAUCUGACACAGAAACUGAUGUUCAGAAGCGUAAAUCCAAUAAACUAAAAAUAUCGAAUAAUGUAACAGCUCAACUUUAGUAAUGUUAAAUGUUAAAAACAAUUAUUUCUUAAAUGGAGGAUAUGUUGUAAUAAACAAAAAGAUAUAUUCUUAAUUAAUUUCAAUAAAAAUAAAAACAAGAAUGUUUUAAAAUUUGA